AUGGUCACAAUUAGAAGACUUCCAUACUUUGUAGAUCCAGAAGGAGUCAACUUUGCGUAUUAUACUUUGAUUCAGACUCAGCAGUGGUCAAAUAUUCCUAUUUUUGUUAAUUUCUUUCAAGAUUUAACCAAAUCUAGUGUGUUUAGGCCAUGGAAUGAUAAUGCACCAUGUUGGAAGUAUGCUGUGGGUGGCCUUAAUCUUGAAGGAUAUUGUAAGAAUAAUUUAUGA